GUGUCCCGCGCCGUGUCCCCGCCCCUUCCGCCGUGCCGUGUUCCGGCAUGUGAGCGGCAGCCAUGGAGGAGGACCGCGUCCAGCUCCGGCAGCUCCCGGUGGUCAAGUUCCGCCGCACGGGGGAGAGCGCCCGCUCCGAUGAGGAUGUCGAUGCCGCAAUUUCCGGAGAACACGAGGUCCACAUCGAAGGGGUCCCGGCUGUGGCGGCCAUGGAGGCCGUGGAGCUGGAAGACGGAAGCAUCGUGCCCAGGGAGUUCGCCAACCCCACUGACGACACGUUUAUGGUGGAAGACGCGGUGGAAGCCAUCGGCUUUGGCAAGUUCCAGUGGAAGCUCUCCAUCCUGACCGGCUUGGCAUGGAUGGCCGACGCCAUGGAGAUGAUGAUCCUGAGCAUCCUGGCCCCGCAGCUGCAUUGCGAGUGGCGACUCCCCACCUGGCAGGUGGCCUUGCUCACCUCGGUCGUGUUUAUGGGAAUGAUGUUCAGCUCCACUCUCUGGGGAAACAUUUCGGAUCGAUACGGAAGGAAAAUGGGCCUCAAGAUCAGCGUCCUGUGGACCUUGUAUUACGGGAUUCUCAGCGGCUUUGCCCCCGUUUACAGCUGGAUCCUGGUCUUGAGAGGCCUGGUGGGCUUCGGCAUCGGUGGCGUCCCCCAAUCGGUAACGUUGUAUGCCGAAUUCCUGCCGAUGAAAUCCAGGGCCAAAUGCAUUUUGCUCAUUGAGGUCUUCUGGGCCAUCGGGACGGUCUUUGAGGUCCUCCUGGCGGUCUUCGUGAUGCCCUCCCUCGGCUGGCGCUGGCUGCUCAUCCUCUCGGCCCUCCCGCUGCUUCUCUUCGCCGCCUUGUGCUUCUGGCUCCCCGAGAGCGCCCGCUACGACGUCCUGUCCGGCAACCAGGAGAAGGCCAUUGCCACGCUGAAGCGCAUCGCGACCGAGAACGGAGCCCCCAUGCCCCUGGGGAAGCUCAUCGUCUCCAGGCAGGAAGACCGAGGGAAGAUGCGGGACCUGUUCAGCCCACAGUUCCGGUGGACCACGCUCCUGCUCUGGUUCAUAUGGUUCUCCAACGCCUUCUCCUACUACGGCCUGGUCUUACUCACGACGGAGCUCUUCCAGGCCGGAGACCUCUGCAGCCUGUCGAGCAGGAGGAAAACGGCGAAGCCCAAGUGCAGCUUGGCCUGCGAGGUCUUGACGGAGAAGGACUACGUCGACUUGCUGUGGACCACGCUCUCCGAGUUCCCAGGCGUCCUUGUGACCUUGUGGGUCAUUGACCGCAUCGGGCGCAAGAAGACCAUGGCCCUCUGCUUCUCCGUCUUCUCCUUCUGCAGCCUCUUGCUCUUUCUCUGCGUCGGGAGGAAAGUCCUGACCGUGCUGCUGUUUGUCGCCAGGGCCUUCAUUUCGGGAGGGUUUCAGGCCGCAUAUGUUUACACUCCAGAGGUUUAUCCCACGGCCACCCGCGCCCUGGGCCUGGGGACCUGCAGCGGAGUGGCCCGAGUGGGCGCCCUGAUCACCCCUUUCAUUGCACAGGUGAUGCUGGAAUCGUCGGCGUACUUGACGCUGGUGGUGUACAGCGGCUGCUGCGUGCUGGCAGCCCUGGCCUCCUGCCUGCUACCCAUCGAGACGCAGGGCCGGGGCCUGCAGGAGUCCUCCCACCGCCAGUGGGGCCAGGAGAUGCUCGGCCGCGGGCUGCCCCGCUCACGCUCCCACUCCCACUCCAGCCCGGGCUCCCAGGGGUGACGGGGUGGGCGUGUGUUGCAAGCAAGGCCCGCGCCCCGACUGGAGCCCAUGCGUGGGACUGGUGUCAUUUACACGCGUGGCCCUCGGCACCUUCCACCGCAUCACAUUGAGAGGGGGAAGCAUUGUCAGCCGUCCCGCUUCCGUUCUGCCUCCCCAUCACUCUCAGUCUCACUUGGAAACCUAAGAGCUGGCAAUACAUUCGUCUUACAUUUAUUCAGCAACGAUCCCUUCGGAUCUUCACUGAACAUAGGAUAUAAGAGACUGCUCACCGUCGGCCAUUGAAACAGGACGGGAAAGGCCAGUGGCUCCGUUUUCCGUAUCCGAAUGGAGCCGCCUGUCUCGAUGCAUCGCAUGCUGUUGACUCACGAAAGAGUCACUUUUCCCGUCGUGAAUGGCUCUCUGUGCCCACAAAGCACCACUGUCUUUUGUCGGGUCCGAUUUUUAUUGCCUGAGGAAGGUCAGCAGACGGGAUACAUUGGCCAGUAUGAAAUAGUCGGGUUUUGUUGAAUCCCGGAGUCGUAACAGCUCUGUACUUAACCACCACACCAGUCCAGUAUAAAUCAGAAAGCAGUUUAUUAGAGAAGAGAUAAAAGGCAAAAGAGUAACAAGUUAGUUCAAAAAUAUGCAAUAGUCCGGAAGAAUUGCAAAAAAACAAGAAUGCAAAAUAUCCAGAAGAAUUCCAAAACAACAAGAAUGCAAAAUAUCCAGAUAAACAAGGCAGCUUGAAAUCCAAUACACGGAACUCCACAAUAAUCCCUUAGACUUGGAAAAUAAAACCUUAAAGAGCUGAAGACAUGAAACUAGAAAUUCCCUUGACUGUAAUGUUGCCCGGACUGAUCUAAAAUCAUUUCCUUGUCUCAUAGACUGUCAUGAAAUCGUUUUGUUUGCCUUUACAAACAGGUAAGGGUCUAUUUGCGAACACUUGUCCGAAGUUUAUGGAAGUUAUGUCUCCUAUCUCCUGGCUCAUUAGACUCUUCACCUGGAAGUUCAUCUUCGGAACUCGCUUCCCCAGAGAAAGGCUGCUCUGGGCCCUCUUCAAACGCUUGUUUUCGGGAUUUGAAAUCCCGGGAUGACUCAGAAACAGUAAAAUUAGUGACAUCAGAAACAAUCUUGGCUGAAUUGCAACAGGUUUGCCGAACCUGCCACACAUCCUCCACAAGCAAACUUGGGAUUCUAUUUUGCUUCGUCGCUUUCACGGAACGAUCUCAGACCGUCUCCCGAAGCCCUCCCGAUUCAGAGAAAGCCCCACAAUGAAAAAUAAGGGAUUUCACAAUUGAAUCGCGCUUGAAUUCAAACUGGUUGUGCCGAGAGCGUCUGAAAAUCUCCAUUGCUCUUUUGAUUGGUCAUUUCGAAGAAGGUGCUGGAGGAGCGAGGACACAAAACACGUUGCUUGUUUAAGAAGUUGAGUAGUUGGUAUCACGAGCUAAACCUUGCCACCGGCGCGUAGAAAACAAGGAAGACGCAGAACGAAGACCAAAGUAAUCAAAACCACAAUUCGAGUCAGAUCGCCAACCUUUUCUACAUCUUCUAUAUAUUAAAAAUGUAAUGUACGUUUGUAGGACCGAGUAAACAACAAAACCACUGAACCAAAUCACACCAAAUUUGGCCACAAAAGACAUAGUGAUCCCAUCUAUGUCUUUCAAGCAAAAAAAACCCUUGAAAAUAAAGUCCAAAGUAGAGAACGAGGAAGAGUCGUUUGUAGAACUGAGUAAACAACAAAACCACUGAACCAAAUCAUACCAAAUUUGGCCACAAAAGACAUAGUCAUCCCAUCUAUGUCUUUCAAACAAAAAACCUGGAAAAUAAAGUCUAAAUUAGAGAACAAGAGUCGUUUGUAGAACUGAGUAAACAACAAAACCACUGAACCAAAUCAUACCAAAUUUGGCCACAAAAGACAUAGUCAUCCCAUCUAUGUCUUUCAAGCAAAAAAAACUUGAAAAUAAAGUCCAAAUUAGAGAACAAGGAAGAGCCGUUUGUAGAACUGAGUAAACAACAAAACCACUGAACCAAAUCACACCAAAUUUGGCCACAAAAGACAUAGCCAUCCCAUCUAUGUCUUUCAAACAAAAAACCUGGAAAAUAAAGUCUAAAUUAGAGAACGAGGAAGAGCCGUUUGUAGAACUGAGUAAACAACAAAACCACUGAACCAAAUCAUACCAAAUUUGGCCACAAAAGACAUAAUCAUCCCAUCGAUGUCUUUCAAGCAAAAAAACCCUGGAAAAUAAAGUCCAAAUUAGAGAACGAGGAAGAGCCGUUUGUAGAAUUGAGUAAACAAUAAAACCACUGAACCAAAUCACACCAAAUUUGGCCACAAAAGACUUAGUCAUCCAAUCUAUGUCUUUCAAGCAAAAAACCUGGAAAAUAAAGUCCAAAUUAGAGAACGAGGAAGAGCCGUUUUCAACCCUGGUUGCUGGUCAGAAGGGUAGGCCCCGCCCAUUUUGUCUCCUAGCAACCCCCCCGGCCACAUUGGCGCCGGGGUACAGCCAGGUUUCAGGCUUUUGAGGCUUCAAGACUAUUCACUGCUAUUCCACCUGGCCAACAAAGCAUUCCCAUAAGCCACAGCAACGCGUGGCCGGGCACAACGAGUACUUUCUAAAGUCCUGGGAGGAGUUACAGUUUGGAUUUUCAAUUCCUUGUUAACGAAAUCUGGCGAGAUUAGUAUGCGAUGUAUGCAGACGAUUUAGCGCUCGUCUCCCACUCUCGGUUGGGUCUGAGGUUGCGCCGAGAACCAUCACUGUAUAUAACAACCGCCAGCAAAGAUUUUGCAGCUCGUUGUAUCCCUUGGGAUGAAGUAUUAUUUAUUUAUUUAUUUAUUUAUUAUAAAAGUACGUUUGAGUGACAGGAAAGAGCUUCUCCCCAUUGCGAAGGGGGCACCUGGUGGUCCUCCGCGCUCGCCGGAAAACACGCAACGAACGCUUGAAUGUCUCUGCUGUGUUUUGAAUGUACAGUUUCUCAAGUGUUGAAGGUGAGGUCUCUGUAUUGCUGCCGAGUUUGUCGUAAUUUAUUCUUCCGUGUCUCCGCCCGACGAGGCGUUGGAUCCCGCACCUGAUAUUUUAUGUCGAAUAAAGGAAUAGUUUUUACAAGA